CUCUUGGCUUAUUACGUGAAGCGAUAGGUUGAUGUGGAUACAUAUAGGUGUAUAUUAACAGGCCGGACGGGUGGCUAGGUAGUAAGCCUGUAAGUACCUAAUUGCUAACGAUAUUCCUAACCACGUACUUGUACCUAAUGCGCUAAGCCAUAAUUGUGGUAAUUCUGGUACCCUCUCCGGUUUCUGUAAUAAGUUUAAACUAAAAUAAGUUUUUGGAACUUUUUGAAUAAUAAUCGUCCUCAAAACUUUCCCCGAUUCUGAGUCAAAUUACAACCCGUUCAUGGGCUAUAUGUAGCUAGCCAUUCCUCAGAUUAUUUCCUAAGUUUGCAUCCCAGUGUCUCAGAUAACCCAAAUAACCUAAAUAACCCCAAAUAACCCAAAAAUUGCGAAACUAUGUCACAAGCACAAAACAUCACCAGGGCCCCCGAGGCCGAGCUGUCCGUCUCGCCAUCCACUGCUACAUUCCACUCCCCGCUAUCCAGCUUUGGCGGCGGGGCUCUUCCCCAGCGUGGCCAGCUAAAGCAGCUCAAGCCCUUCAACACUCAAGAUAUCAAGAUCCUCUUGCUUGAGAAUGUCAACCAGAGCGGUAGGGAUAUCUUGACUGGUCAGGGUUACCAGGUCGAAUUUUACAAGAGCUCGUUACCCGAAGAUCAGCUGAUCGAGAAGAUUCGAGAUGUCCAUGUCAUUGGUAUCCGUUCAAAAACUAAAUUAAGCGAAAAAGUCCUUCGCGAGGCCAAGAACCUCUUGGUGAUUGGCUGUUUCUGCAUUGGAACCAACCAGGUUGACUUGGAGUAUGCUGCUCACCAUGGCAUUGCCGUCUUCAAUUCGCCCUUUGCAAACUCCCGUAGCGUGGCCGAGCUUGUUAUUUCCGAAAUCAUAGCUCUAGCCCGCCAAUUGGGUGACAGGUCCAACGAGAUGCACAGAGGCACCUGGAACAAAGUCAGCAACAAGUGCUGGGAAAUCCGCGGCAAGACUCUUGGAAUCAUCGGAUAUGGACACAUUGGUUCCCAAUUGUCUGUCCUUGCGGAGGCUAUGGGAAUGUCCGUCAUUUAUUAUGACGUCGUGAACUUGAUGGCAUUAGGUACGGCUCGGCAAGUACCGAAGUUGGAGGAUCUCCUGAGAGAGGCCGACUUCAUAACUCUGCACGUCCCAGAGCUACCCGAAACCAAGAACAUGAUUUCUGCGGCGCAGUUCAACCAGAUGAAGGACGGCUCAUACCUCAUCAAUGCCAGCCGUGGAACUGUGGUUGAUAUACCGGCCCUAAUUAACGCCAUGCGCAGCGGCAAGAUUGCGGGAGCUGCGCUAGAUGUUUACCCGAGCGAGCCGCGCGCAAACGGCGACUACUUCACUAAAGACCUGAACGGCUGGGAGGAGGACCUUCGCAGUCUGAACAACAUUAUCCUUACUCCCCACAUCGGUGGUAGCACCGAAGAAGCUCAGCGAGCAAUCGGUGUAGAAGUCGGCGAGGCUCUGGUCCGAUAUAUCAACCUGGGCAUUACUUUAGGCAGUGUCAACAUGCCCGAGGUCAACAUGCGUUCACUAACAUUGGAGGAACCCGACCACGCCCGAAUUAUUUACAUCCACAACAACGUUCCUGGUGUUCUCCGCAAGGUGAACGAGAUUCUUGGAAACCACAACGUUGAUAAGCAGAUCAGUGACAGCAAAGGAGAUCUUGCCUAUCUUAUGGCUGAUGUUAGUGACGUCCAAACGAGCGAUCUGAAGGAGAUUCAAGACUCACUUGAAGCACUGAGCUCCCGUAUUUUGACGCGCGUGCUAUACUAGGAAAGGGUUACGGUAGUUGGUGGCGGGUAGUAGGUGGAUUGUAAGUUUUUUUCUUGGUUGAUGUUGAUGGGAAAGGCGUUGAAGCCGAACGAAAUAAUUAUCGCAUUUAUGGGUAUCUAAUACAAAGAAAAAUUCAACUUAUGGGGAG